GGCACAGUGUGGACCUCAUGAGUUGUUAGCCUUGCUUUGAGAUCUGAGUUUUUAUACACCACAGGAGGAAACUGCAGCCUGUGGGGAAGAGUACCUAUACAAAUGUUGGAUUAAUACAUUGGAAGCCAAAUUCAGGAACUAACACGCCACUGGUGAGGACAAAAAGAAGCAUGGACAGCACCAAAGAUGAUAAUAAACUAUUGAAGAGGAUUGCAUUUCCAGGAGCUGUGUCCCUGGCUAACAGUCACAUGCACCUCCACGGGGUACCCCGGAGAGAGCCCUUUGGGGUUCCCUUCCAUCUGGACCCAUCUUACUGGGAGCAAGCCUAUAGUGGGCACACAGGUUGCAUCUCCUACAUCCCAUUCCCUGGCUACAUGGGCAUCUAUGACUGCUCCUUCGAGCCUGCCUUCAUUCGGAAGAGGAACGAGAGGGAGAGGCAGAGGGUGCGCUGUGUGAACGAAGGCUACACGCGCCUGAGGGAGCACCUGCCCAAGGAAUUUGCUGACAGGCGCCUCAGCAAAGUGGAGACCCUGAGAGCUGCAAUAAGCUACAUCAAACACCUGCAGAGCUUGCUGGACUGCCAUCCCUUAGGCUCUGCCAGUAAAGAAACGCUCUCUGCCCAGGAGCGCCCGGGAACUCCCAGUGCGGCUUCCCCGCAGGAGUGCAACAGUGAUGGAGAGUCUAAAUCUUCUUCGGCGUCAUCCCCCUACAGCGAGUUUGAGGAGACGGGCAGCUAGGUCUCCUCUCUGGAGACAGAAAGCUUGAAG